AAUAUUUGUAAUGAACCAAUAGAGUUAUCUACAUUUCUGACCAAUACUAGUAACGGAAUUCAAGAAAACAGAACCAAUCAGGGUUCGUAAAUUUGGCGUCAGUGCUCGCCCGCCAUUCUCUUCGACGCCAUCUUGAGCAUAUGAUCGUUGUUGUGAAGCUCUAGUGUGAAUUAUUUUAUAGACUGUGUUCAUCUUCUAUUAAACCCAUCUAAAAAUUUAAAAUGGCCCGUACUAAACAAACAGCUCGUAAAUCCACGGGAGGUAAAGCUCCUCGUAAACAAUUGGCCACCAAAGCUGCCCGUAAAUCGGCGCCAAGUACUGGUGGAGUCAAGAAGCCCCAUCGUUACCGUCCUGGUACAGUGGCUCUUCGAGAAAUUCGUCGUUACCAGAAAUCUACGGAGUUGCUUAUCCGAAAACUGCCCUUCCAGCGACUGGUGAGAGAAAUAGCUCAGGAUUUCAAGACUGAUCUGCGCUUCCAAUCUGCGGCCAUUGGUGCUCUGCAGGAGGCGAGUGAAGCUUACUUGGUGGGUCUGUUUGAAGACACCAACUUGUGCGCCAUCCAUGCCAAACGCGUGACUAUCAUGCCUAAAGACAUUCAGCUUGCACGACGAAUCCGUGGAGAGCGUGCAUAAAUUAGAAUAGCAUUAGUAUAUAAAUUAUUGAUAAAAUUAAUCCACAUUUUUUUUAUGUCUCAUUUUCUUCAUCUUAAUACUAUAAUCAUAAUUGUAAGGAGGCAGCAGAACUGAAUUUUUUACAGAUAUGUUCAUAACUUAAGUAUGCUGUGCAUUUGCAUAGGAUACUGUAUGUUAAUAUCAACUUCAUUCUUGUUAUUUGAAAUUUGUAUUAACUGAGUGUCCCAUGUAAGGACAUGGCUUUUAAUUUAGUAAUUUGUGGUAUAUUCUGUCUAGAUAAUGUAUUAGGCAAAUGUUGUCGACCACAUGUAUGUGUGAGUAUUCUAUGCUAGGAGUAAUUUGAUGCACUUAAUGAUGUGUAAUGACAAUUUGGUGUUUAAAUAAAUGAUUAGACCU